GAAAUGAAUGACGCCAAAUAAGGACACUUCUUGUGAUGGCGCGCAGUAAAGUAUGGAAAUAUUAUGAUAAAUUGGAUCACAACACGGCCCAAUGUCAACUCUGCGAGCGUAUAAUAAAAACCUGCGGGAACACGUCCAACUUAAUGAAACACAUAAAGACGCAUCCGCAAAUCAAUGUGAAUAACGAUGAUGCACAAGUGGUACGUGGCAUGUUUAAGCGGCAUGGCGAUGACAUGAGGAGGAGAUUUCGAAAGCUCCCACAUCAGAAGGACCAUCAUCAAAUCAAGAGCAAAGGGGAGCUUCAUGCAGUUUCUAGUUUAAUUGGCAAAUCCGACGAUGAGGAGGCAGUCAGUGUCUAUGAUCUGGAAACAGUGGAGACAGUAGAGAGUGUUACCUACGGUUGGGAAGAUCCAUCACAAUCUCCGACUACCGAGAAUAUCAUAGAAUUCGAACCGAAGCAUGUCAACAAUGCGGGCUUGUAUCCACUAAAUGAGCAAGAUGAACAAUUGCCUCAAACAGAUGACGAUCAGAUAUUUUUUGCUGAUGAGGAUCACACCAUGGAGACCGUCUAUCAAUCGCCAUCUUCGCCCCAACCAACAACCAGUUCCAGUGGCACGCAAACUUUACUAAGCCAACUUGCUUACUUUGUAUGUCGCGAUCGGCAUCCUGUGGAAGUUAUCUUAGGAGAAGGCUUUAAGCAUUUAAUGCAGAGCUCGUCUCAGUGGGGAUUCCAGCCAUGGCCCACUGUUGAUCAACUAUCUGCCCAUAUUGAGACUCAGAGGCAAGCGCAAGUGGCCAGACUACGGCGCAAGUUGGCUGCAAACUCAAUACUAUCGCUAAGUUGUGCAAUUCACGAAAAUAACUGCCUGGAAGUGGUGGCACACUAUCAUGAAAAUCGUAUACCACAAUCGCGCAUUUUGUCUGUUCAAAUGCUGACAGAGCAUUACAAUGUGAAGCAAAUAGUGGACCAUUUGGAGUCCACUUGCCAGCGUUUUGAUAUUGAGAAAUCCGUAAUUGCUUGCCUGGUGACCGAAGGUGAUGAUAGUUUACUGGAGAAGGCUGUGGGUACAUUUUUGGGUGAGCAACGUCAUGUGCCUUGCUUGGGUCAUCUGUUGAACACACUUUUGAUGGAUAUUUUGAAGCGUCCAGAGUUUUAUAACUUGGUGGAGAAAAUUCGUCUUAAGAUGAAAAAGAAAAGGGAUCCCAUAUCGCAAUGCCCACUAUUCGCCUACAAGACACUAGAAAAAUGCGUGCAAAUGGAGGGAAAUGUUCUAAGCGCAACAGAAAUUAAACAGGCCCAGCAACUGAUAAGUAUUAUAAAACCGCUGACUAGUUCUUUGCGAGAGUUGAGUAGAAACUGUCCAGAGCGUAAGAACAUAGCUAGUCAGACUUUGCCCAUGAUCUAUACUAUGAUCGAGGAACUGAAGCGGCGACCUAUCAGCACUAUAGAACUCAAUAUGAUCUACGAAUGUCGCAUGUUUAUUGUUCGCCGGCUGGAAGUUUGCUUUGAAAGUUUGGAAAAAAAUGAGUACUUGGCUUUAUCUACCUUGCUGGAUCCUCGAUUUCGAAAUACACCGUUUCAGAGUGGAUCAUUGGUGGCCAACUAUAUGACCCAUCUCUACGAACUAAGGCAAGAGGAACUGGAUCAAAAUGACCAUAUUAUAAACGAUCCUGAAGAUGAUUCCGUUGAGGAUUACAAUAUCUGGUCGGCCUACAAUUCCCAUUGUCGUGAGAAAUAUAAUCGCAAUAACUCUACACAUCCUGAUGAAAAGGAUGAUGAAAUAGCAAGUUAUUUUUAUGAUCCUUUAAGUAAUGUGCAAUCGGAGCCAAUGUUGCUCUGGAAAGAUAUGGCUAAAUUGCAUCCGUUUUUGCAUAGACUUGCCAAGCGAUAUCUUCAUAUACCAGCAGUUGCAAAACAACUCCACUGGAGUGAUUCAUCUAACCGUCGAUGCAAUUAUCAUCUUCUAGGCGAGAACAUGGGGAAUAUUUUAUUUAUGGCAGAUGUGCCUUUUAAGGAUUGGUAACUAUAAGAUUUUAUUGUAUAUUAUUAGUCUGAAUUUAAAUGAUUAAAUGUAGUUUUUUUUUAAA